UGGAUUUCAUAGCGAAAGCGCUCCGUCCGCGACGGCUGAGUGAAAGUUGGAAAUCCCGCUCGCUUCAGAUUACCGGGAAUCCCGCUUCACAUUCACAGCACGGACUUUAUGCGUCGCUUUUGUCAGUUUAUAUCGCCUUUACUUCAAAUUCCGGAAGUUUGUGACCAGGUAUGAUCGACCUGCCCAGACACAGUAAUAUGGAUCCUCUGAGGAGCCAGCACAAGCCGAUCCGUUUGUCCCCUUGGAUAAUGCGAGUGGCUGUAGGGCAAAGCCCCGCCUCUUCAGGGGCAGAGUCAGACACAGAGGGGAGCAGCACGGAGAGUGAAUGGUCUCGCAUCAAACAAGCAGAUGGCAACUCGCCGCAUUUCCUGACGUCUCCCUCUAUGCUGCAGCGACGCAUCACGGAGCUCGACCAGCAGCGAGAGGAGCUGAAGAUCGAGCUGCAGCUGGAGGUCGCAUUGCUGCGAGGCGAGCUGCAGACAGAGCAGGAGCAUCUGCGCAGACAUACGGAGCAGCUGCAUAUGUUGCAGGAAAAAGACAGGCGAUGGGCCAGCAGACAGAAGGAGCGUGUUCGGUUGGAGGAGGAACGUCUGAAGGUGGAGCAGAUGAAGAGGAAGUGUGAGGAGAUGGAGAAACUGAUUCCCACUCAACCAGAAGACCAGCGAGAACAACUGAUCUUACAGCUACAACAGGAUAAGCAUGCGUUGGAUGCCGCAGUGCGAGCGUUUGAAGACAUGGAGUUCCACGUUCUGGAGCUGGAGAGCGGCGUGGAAGACGAGAGAGAGGAAGAGGACAAUGGAAAGAGUGAGACGGUGAUCGAGAGAGAGAUAUCUAGAGUACAACACACACUCAACACAUCUCAGGAACGUGUUCAACAACUGGAGAAGCAGCUGAAGGAAAUGGAGAAAGAGAGAGAUAAAGAGCUGAAUUCCCUCAGACAGGAGAGGAAAGAGCUGCUACACAAAUCACAGAGGAUUUUGAAAGAGAAGAAGCCGCUCUCCGAUUGGUCCAACAUCACUGGCCCCUCCCCCUGCAUGAUGUCACUCUCCCCUCUGACCAUUCACAGAGCAGCACAGGAAUCACUGAAGGAGUCAUCGAGUUUACCCCGCAGACGCAGCUCACACAGAAAAGUCCCAGAUAGACCUCUUUCUGCACAAGUGUUAGUGAGGAUGACUCCGGACAGACCGACCUCAGAGGCUCUAUCUCCUCGUCUUCCUCAUGCCACUCACAGACUGACUAACAGGCACAGUAAUGGGCAGAGAUCAGGGCAUAUUGAUGUGAAUGGCUCUCACACACCCUGCAACAGCGCCAACACCUCCCGUGCGCCCAGUCCUCAAAGUCUUUUGGAUUUGGUGGAAAUGGAACGGAAACUCAGAGAGGCCAAAGCCGAGAGAGAACGCUUACUCAAAGAGAGAGAGGAGAGACGGCGACUGCAGGCAGAACAGAGACAGAUCGAGCUGAAUUCAUUAAAAAUACACACAGACGAAUCAAAACUGGAAUCAAACGCUGAAGAUCAACAGCAUAAUCCAGCGCAGAGGACGACAGAGCAGGGUGUCCCACUCUCACUGACGCUGAACUUUGACCUGCGUGCUCACGUGGAGGCGCUGGGUCACAAUGUGACCGGCUGUAUGGGAGUGAAUUUAUCGCCGCGAAGGUGUGGCGGCUUUCUGACAAAACGUGGCGGCAGAGUAAAGACGUGGAGGAGGAGGUGGUUUAUCUUCGAUCUAGACCACCAAAGACUGGCGUACUACACCGAACUUGAUGAGAAGAAACUCAAAGGGGUGAUUUACUUUCAGGCCAUUGAGGAAGUUUACUAUGAUCAUCUACGAACGGCUACAACAUCUCCACGACCGAGUCUCACCUUCUGUGUGAAAACAUACGAGCGACUGUUCUUUCUCGUGGCUCACAGUGCGGAAGCCAUGAGGAUCUGGAUGGAUGUUAUUGUCACAGCAACUGAUGAACACAGCAGAUACUGAUGAAGACUUCAACAAAAGACACUUAGUGUUUUACUCAAUGAUGUACUAUAACAGAGAGAUGUAGUCUUUGUUCAUCUCAUAGAAUUUGCACUCAGGAUUUUUUUAAUGGACACCACAGCACAAAGUGAACAUGAAUCUCAGUGGAGCGGACUGUAGGAUGAGUGGAGACAGGAAUAUUGUGUAUAUUGCAAGUAUGGAAGAGGGACAUGAGCAGCACAUACUGUAUAAAUAGACACAUUCAAUGGGUUUGUGUUCUGCUGCCACCUACUGUUAACACAUCACUCCCUGAUGGAGGGCAACAGCAUUAUAUUUCUGACACGUUAUUUAUUAUUCUUACUAUUUGUUUUGGCUUUUUAUUAUAUUUUGCAAUUGAAAUUGAUUCAUAUUUGUGUGUGUGU